GCGGCCGCGCCCGCCCCGCGCGCACCCGCAACACGGACACGGCGGGCUCGGGACCCGCCACGGGCAGCGGCUCCGCACGGGCUCCGGCACACAGACAGGCAGGCAGACAGACGGACGGACGGACAGACAGCGGCACCGCCACAGCACAGACACAGAGCGCAGCGGCACCGCACGCAGCUCCGCGGCACCGCGCAGGGCUCAGCCACAGCGCACCGCGGCACCGGCGGCGGGAGGAGGACGAGCGGCGCGCGGUGCGGGGAGCCCGGCCGGCGGCACUGCCCGGAGAUGUCGGGGGUGCUGGUGAUCGCUGCCUGGUGCUUCCUGCAAGUGGAGAGCCGGCAUCCUGAAAUCAUCACGAGUAACAGCAAUCAUGGCAAUUUCCUGGACAACGACAAAUGGCUGAGCACCGUUUCGCAGUACGAUAAAGACAAGUACUGGAACAAAUUCCGGGAUGAAGUUGAGGAUGAUUAUUUCAGAAACUGGAAUCCAAACAAGCCGUUUGAUCAAGCCCUUGAUCCAUCCAAAGAUCCCUGCCUGAAGGUGAAGUGCAGCCCACACAAAGUGUGUGUCACCCACGACUACGAGACCGCGAUUUGCGUGAGCCGCAAGCAGCUGGUGCACAGCCUUCGACAAAAGAAAGGCAACUUGGCCCAGAAGCACUGGGCUGGAGCAGCCAACAUGGCCAAGUGCAAGCCCUGCCCCCUGGCCCAUGCCAGCGCCGUCUGCGGCUCCGACGGACACACCUACAGCAGCCAGUGCAAGAUGGAGUUCCAUGCCUGUACUUCUGGCAAAACCAUCACAGCUCGAUGUGAAGGGCCCUGCCCCUGCCUGCCAGGACCUGAAAGUUUAAAACACAAGACAGAGAAGACUGCUUGCACAGACAAAGAGCUGAGGAGUCUGGCCUCGAGGCUGAAGGACUGGUUUGGAGCCCUGCACGAGGAUGCCAACCGUGUCAUCAAACCCACGAGCUCGGAGACAGCACAAGGCAGAUUUGACACCAGCAUCCUACCAAUCUGUAAGGAUUCCUUAGGCUGGAUGUUCAACAAACUUGACAUGAACUAUGACCUGCUGCUGGAUCCCUCGGAGAUCAGUGCCAUUUAUCUGGAUAAGUACGAGCCGUGUGUCAAGCCACUCUUCAACUCCUGCGACUCCUUCAAGGACGGGAAGCUGUCCAACAACGAGUGGUGCUACUGCUUCCAGAAGCCGGGCGGUCUUCCUUGCCAGAAUGAAAUGAAUAGAAUUCAAAAGCUAAGUAGAGGGAAGAGUCUGUUGGGUGCUUUCAUCCCCCGCUGCAAUGAAGAAGGUUAUUACAAAGCCACGCAGUGCCAUGGCAGCACGGGGCAGUGCUGGUGUGUUGAUAAGUAUGGCAAUGAGAUAGCUGGCUCCCGAAAGCAAGGCACAGUCAGCUGUGAAGAAGAGCAAGAAACCUCAGGGGAUUUUGGCAGUGGUGGAUCUGUUGUACUGUUGGAUGAUUUGGAAGAGGAACCUGAAGCAACAAAAAAAGACAAAGAUGGGAAACUGAAGAUUCAUGUAAGAGCAGCUAAUGAAGAUGAUGAAGAUGAAGAUGAUGAUAAGGAUGAUGAAAUUGGUUAUAUAUGGUAGUGCCCAUCAUGAUGAGGACUCACGUUUUGCACAAUAUUGCAACUCACAUCAUGUCUCUGCAAUUGUAUCUGAGAGUACCUGGCACAAAAAUUCCCUCUCUACUGAGUUUAAUUUUGUAUAGCAAAUUUAAUUUGGAUGAUAACUUUUUUUUCCAGCAAAGGACUGUUUGGAAUACAGCUUUUGUUCAGUUGAUUUGGGGGAUUUUUGUUCGGUCUACAGGGGCAAUGAGUUUUGUUUCAAAACCAUUUCAUGUCUUAAUCCUCAUUUGCACCACUUAUGAAAUCCAGAAUUUUGGAAGGGGCUCAAAAAAAAAAGAGUACAAAGUCUGAGAAGCCCCUCUCAUGUCAGAGAAUUUGUGUUACCUGGAUCACAUCAGAAAAAGGUUUUUCUUUCAUUAAGGAGAGGUAGGUGCCUCGUUUUCUAGUCUAUAUUUAUAAUAUCCCAGUGAAGAGUAAGUCUCUUUGGACAGUGGCUGCCCAGUACCAGGGGUUUAAUCCAGAAGAAAACCCUCUGGCAGGACUUUCCCUUCCUUCCAUUCUCUGAGAAUGAGUCCAACAGGCUUAGUCCAGCUCACACUGAAGGCAAAACUCCCACCAGGGCACAAUCAGCUCACUGACACUCUUUAUUUGAUAAAGGAACAUGGCCUUCUUGAUCUUAAAGAUGCUGCAGCUGUCAUGGACCAAGCCCUAGAGGCAGGGGACAGAGUCCAUCUGCCUUUCAGGUGUUUAAGGGGAGAAUAUUUGAUGAAUUUUUAGCACUAUAACCACCCCCAGAGCUGCUGUCUGAGCUCGUUUGGACCAGGAGGGUCCCUAACAGCACCCAGGCAGCCUCUGCUCCCACUCACACAGCACAGAGCUGUCUGUCCUCCCCUGAGCAGCCCUCCUCAGCCUCUGCUCCCACUCACACAGCACAGAGCUGUCUGUCCUCCCCUGAGCAGCCCUCCUCAGCCUCUGCUCCCACUCACACAGCACAGAGCUGUCUGUCCUCCCCUGAGCAGCCCUCCUUCCAAAGCCAGAGUGCUGCCCAAGACACCAACCCUCAAAAGGAGCUGUCCCUUAUGUCAUGUAAAGAUACCUGUUUAAAAAAGCAGCUUUGGGUGGUGAUAUUUCAAAAGCAUAACCCCUUGGCUCAGUGUGAUACUGCACACUUGUAAUACACACUCCUAAAAGAGAACAGAAUUAAAAUCCAAUCCAUGAUUCCCUCAAUACCUCCCAUAUAUUCAAAGCUCUUGUGCCAGAGCAUAUUGACAUUACAUUAUUUGCAGUGUUCUUUCCCAUGGCAGUUCUCAGAUGCUGUGGUGAUCUUUUAUUAUUUUUGCUGUUUUGUGAAGCAGUAAGAGGAACAUUAACCCCACUCUUGCAUUAGGAUGCAGGUGUAAGUAUUUUAGCAGUGCCUGUGGUUGGUCAGUGAGUUAUUCUGCAGGAUGAAAAAUGUGGUUUUUACAACAAAACGUAAUUGGAUUUUUUUUUCUGAGUUAAUGGUGGAGAUAGAGGUGGAGACAGCAUUGAGUCACAACAUGGUUUUCUGCAUAGUCAGUUGAAAGCUGGAAAAUACCACACAGAUUGGCAGAAGUCAGUUUUUAGGUACAUUGGCCUGGGGAUGUUGGAUCUCGGCCCUCUCCAAAGCCAGUGCCUGCCUGGCAGCCCUCUGGGCAGGACCUCUGCUUUCAGAUUGAUCAGAAAUGGAAUUCCUUUCAGGUACCAUGUGCUGCAGGGGCUCUCCUGUUUUUUCCUCUUUUAUUUCCUAUUUAUCCAGAUCAAUGACCUGGGAACAAAGAGCAAGCCUGCAUAAUCAUUAUUAAUGCAGAAGGAUGUGUAAAACCAUGAGGAAUUUGUUGUUUCACGCCCCUGCAUCCUCCCAAAAAUCUGCCACCACAGUCAUUUGCAAAAGGCCUGCAAUCUGCCCCGCCUCAAAUAAAUCCCUUUGGUUUUCCCAUAGAUUUGGAAAAAUAUAUUUAAUAAUCAUUUUCCAUGAGCUGCACACACAGUCACAGACACACACACACACACUUUUUCUACUUGCCUUUCACAGAAAUCCUGCCAACUUGCAGGAGGAGCAGAUAACCCAGCAUUUCUGUCUCCCUAAAUAUGAUUUUGUGAGAAGCAAUUGAACACUGUCAGCAGGUUCCUUCUCAAACAUCCUGUCUAGUUUUCCUCUGGUAUUUUCUUAAUUAACCCCACACUCUCUGGGUCUGGCUCUGCUGUCCUGUGCAAGACCUGCCUGAGGCACAGAGCUGCCAUUUCAUUCUGCCAUAAAUCUGAGCACCACAAUCAGCAGAUUAUGCUUAUCCUCCUGGCUGGACUCAUUCUCCACACUCAGCUGGGGGGGUUUUGGCAGUCCUGUGUCCCUCCACAACAGCUUAUCCUGGGCUGUGCCUUCAGUCAAAGGUCACAGGGCAAAUCCCUUCUCCUGCCCAGCACCUUCCCAGGGCAAAGCCUGGCACUCUGAGCCCUUGCAGGCAGUCCCAGGUCUGAGGCUGCAGGAGGCUGUGUCCCAUGUAAACAUGCAAGAUGGUUAAAUUAAAGCUGUUAAAUAAGCCUUUAAAAGUGAAUGUGAACAUCUUUGAGUUUACUCGUGCAGACGUGGCAGCACCACCCACUGGUGGUCUCCUGGCUGUGAUCUUUCACAUGUGAUGCUUCCAAAUCAGAGCUGGAAUUAUAAAUCAGAGCUUUAUAUCUAACUGUAAACCCAUUACUGUCUCUCAAACUCACCAGCUCAAACAUGGGGUGGCCCCAGUGAAACAGCUCCAUGCCCAGCACAGCCUGGUGAGGGGGCAGGAGCCUUGGCUGGCUCGGGUGGCCCCUGGUAGCACAUCCCCCAGCACCCAGAAACACACACAGACACACACAAGUGUUGUAGGCAUGCUGACCUGAUCCAGACAGACUCCCCCUCUCCAGGUUCAGUCACCUCUUUGACUCGUGCAAGUGUUCUUCUGGCUCCAGCCAGCGUGGGAAAUGUGCCAUUUUAUGGGCUGGGGCAGCUGGGCAGGGCAGCCCUGGCCACUCCCAGGGUCCCAGCCAGGCAGGAGCAGGGCACACAUGCUUGGAAGGGCAGCUCAGACUCUGGAUUGCUUUGAGAGCAAAUUCCCAAAUCCUGCAAAGCUAUUUAACAAAGCCCUUUUGUGAUCCACUGGCAUCCUCCUGUGGUGGGGGACCUGCAGCCCGUAUGUAUACAUGUGUAUAUCUCUGUGUGACUGUAUAUAUGCAUUUAUACACAAAUACGUGUGUGCAUAUACGUGUGUGUGUCCAGUUUGGGGAAAUGCAUUAAGAAAAUCUUCUAUUUAAUGAAAUAGUGACAAAGAAACCAGCAAUUCUACUAAGGACCAGUGCUCCUCCAGAUCAAGCCCCUUCCAUUCUUCAUGCUUUGUAAAGGAUUUAAUUUGCUUCCAACUUUAUUUAAUUCAAUUCCUUUCUUUUUCCUUUUUUUUAAGAAAGCAAGACUUACUUCCCAUCUGAAUCAAGUCAUUGACCUUCCAAACAUUUUCUCUUUGUGAAAAAUGGAAUCUGAGUUGUCCCAUUCUUUUAGAGACACAAACCAAAUGGAAUCAGAGUUGUCCCAUUCUUUUAGAAACACAAACCAAUUUUUAAACACAAACCAAUUUUUAAUCUCAUUUUAUUUUCAUAUUGCAGUCUAUGAGAUACUGUUAGGCAUUGCUUUAUGUUCCUUUUAACUAGUGUAGUUAAAUCAAAAUGUUUGGUUCAGAUUUCAGCACAGCUGGGUUUUUGGGUCAUUACUGGCCUUUGCUGUGAACACAAAGAAUCCUCUUUAUUUUCUUUGCCUUUUUUUAUGCUAUUCUGUACUAUUAUUUUUAACCAUUUGAACUGUUUAUUUAAUAUUUAUUCUACAGUUUAUAUUGAAGAUGUAAAGUUUAUAUUUAAAACAACACUGUUAGUGAAUGCUUCUCUUUGCCUCUCCAGCCUAGUCUGCUAGUCUCAGUGUACAUUUCUGGCAUGGGAAUAUUUUGAUAUUAGGAGUUUUGUAGCCUUUUCUCCCUCAAGCAGCAACUGAUGUAAAUCUAAGGUCACCACCUGACCCAGACCAGGUCGCUCGAGCUUCGCUCCCUCCAUUUGUUGCUUCUCUGCAGUCCCUCCUGUGUCCCAUCCUGUCACCCACAGACUGCCUUGUACAGUUACUACACAUCAAAAAGCCCUUUCUACAGUAGGUGGGUUCUGGUCUUUUUAUACUUUUCUCAAUGCUGUUGAUGUCUGUUACUGUUCAAUGUGUAGAUCUGUAAGGAGAGAUCCCAAUAUUUCGUGUUUCAGUUCGAUGUCCCUACUGUAGAUGGAUGUAGACUAUCAUAGUAAGUAGAACUGCAUAGUAAAUUCUGAAUGCUUUUUCCAUAAGGAGUUAAGUGGAAUGUGAGCAUUUUGCUACCUUUGGUUAACUGUAAAUGCUUAACUGUAGUCUGAAAUAGUUGCAUUUUUGUCUGUCUCAAUAAAUUUUAAUUUGUCUGCGA